AUGCCCUCAUACGUCGACCCGACACCCAUCUACAACGACAGCGACGCCGAUAUCCUCAAACUGGAGUCCGACUACGAGUAUCCCAACCCCAAGGCGAACGGGGCUCACCCGGCCCAUCGCAUCCCACCGGCGGCCAUCAAUGAGCCCUUUGACGAGGCGUCCAACUCGUCCAUUCACGACUCUGACGCUUCAGGCUCUGCGUUGGACACUGCACCGAUGACUGCGGCGUCGACCACGACCAACACAAAUGGCAAUAUUACGCGAGCCACGAGCAUGAACUCUCUUCCCAACGGCAAGAGUGGAAGGGAUGACGAACCCGGUCUGCCAGAUCGGUCGCGUUUGCCCAAUGGUGUCGAUGGCAGCCAUGCCGAGAAACCCAGACGGAGCACUGAGCAGCAGAACAAGCCCAGCCUCCCCACAAUACCGUCAGAGGCCGAGUCGUUGUCGUCACAAACCAAGUCGUUCUUCCCCCCUAUAGCAUCGCCAGUAGGCGAGUCUGCAGCACCGCCGCGACAAGCUUCACCGCACCGCCUUUCUUCUCCUCCAAUCUACCAUGGCAGCUCUGUCAACAGCCCAUCAUCACCCUCACACCUGCAACCGCCGCAUCCCGGUGCCGCGUUAAAGCAGAGACACACGCUUGAAGUGCCCAAAAUAGCCUCGGCAAAAGUAUCGAAAGAUGGCGGAGAUUCAGCGCAGGCUAGUGGGCGCUUCUCCCCUACUGUCGGAACCAACGCUGGCAGCGGGAGGAGGGCUUCCCUGAGCUUGGCGAGGCGGACAACGCGGUCCAUGCAAUCCGACGCACCGCGCGACGAGGUGGUCCCCGACGAGGAUGUUGCACGCUGGGCAGAGGCAUUGCGUCAGAAGCGGGCGAGCAAACGCAGGCGCAAGGAAGAAGAGGACGACGACAGGGUACUGGUCGGGACAAAGGUUGACGAGACGCACGCCAACUGGGUUACUGCGUAUAACAUGUUGACGGGAAUCCGGGUGGCCGUCUCCAGGACAAACGCCAAACUCGACCGGGACCUGACCGACGCCGACUUUGAUGUCAAGCAAAAGUCAACGUUUGACGUGGCUGGGAACGAGCUGGUCCCCUCGGCCAAAUACGACUUCAAGUUCAAGGAUUACGCGCCUUGGGUCUUUCGCCAUCUACGGUCUCUGUUCCGCAUCGAUCCCGCCGAGUAUCUCAUGUCCUUGACGGGUAAGUACAUUCUCUCUGAGCUGGGCUCGCCGGGCAAGAGCGGCAGUUUCUUCUACUUUUCGAGGGACUACAAGUACAUCAUAAAGACGAUUCAUCAUGCGGAGCACAAGUUCCUCCGCAAGAUUCUCAAGGACUAUUACCAGCACGUCAGGGACAACCCCAACACGCUUCUCUCGCAAUUCUACGGCCUGCAUCGUGUCAAGGUGCCAUACGGCAAGAAGAUUCACUUUGUCGUAAUGAACAACCUGUUUCCCCCUCAUCGGGAUAUACACACCACUUUCGACUUAAAAGGCUCAACAAUAGGCCGGGACUAUAGGGAGGAUGAUUUGGACAAGAAUCCGCGGGCCACACUCAAGGAUCUCAACUGGCUCCGCCGAAAGAGACAGCUCGAGCUGGGAAUCCAGAAGAAAAGAAUGUUCCUGGAGCAGUUGCAGAAAGACGUCAAGCUGUUGAAGAAACUGAAAAUCAUGGACUAUUCGCUUCUGGUUGGCAUUCACGACUUAUCCCGGGGGAACGAAGAGAAUCUCCGGGACAAGACAUUGCAGGUGUUCAACCCAGGAGGCGAGAAGGACCGUGGUGAUGAGCCACCGUCUGUGCUCUUGAGGACACCGUCCAAGUUGGAGAAUGCGCGCAAGGCACGCGAAUUAAGGCAGAUGAUUCGGUCUGAGAGGCCCGUGCCGAUCGGUCAGGUGUUGGAAAAGGACCAGCUCGAGGGGCAGGCCCGGCCCGGGUUCGUCUUCAACCAGGAUGACGGCGGUUUCCAGGCGACGCACGAGGAUAACACCCCAGCGGAUGAGGUGUACUAUCUGGGCGUCAUUGACUGUCUGACACACAUCUCAGCGCUCCCGCCUGAUCUAUACGGCGACCGAUUCUACAACUUCAUCGAGGGCAACACCAUGUCCACGGAGGAGGCGCAUAGGGAAGCGCAAAGGAAAGACGCGGAGAUGAUUCAGGCAUCGCGUACGUCACAGUCAAAGAGGCACCACACCAUCCCACCCAUGCCAGAUCACCUGCCGCCGGCACCACCACCGGAUAGGACGAUGUCACCUGAAGGCCGGGAAGUUCUCGAGAUGGCAUCUGUGCAAGCCCAUCGCACCGAACAAGCGGGCGCAUCGGAGCGACAUGUGCCUGAUCGCACGCUGCGGACGUCUGCCGGGCAGCGCGACUCACAGCAAGGUGAGGCCAUCCUACCUGUGGUAGAAGAGGCCGGGGACGACGACAUGCGACCGAGGACCCCGGCCAAAGACAAGAUGCUGCCUCCUACCCGCGCCCCGCCGCCGACACCACCCAAGGCGAACAACACCAGCAAGGCUGAGAGCUCAGACAGCGGCUACGGAGGGCAGCCCAGGCUGAGCAAGGAGAGUCUUCGUAACAAGACGCUUCCGCCGUUGCCAACCGAGCCAGGGCGCACGACGGCAUAG